UACGCCAUGAAAGCCGAGAUGACGAUGAUGAUGAUAAAUUCACUCCGUACAUGCAGUUUGAGCUAGAGGGAAUUGCAGGACAUGGUAUGAUCUUAUUAUUAUGGGUCGUGAAAUAAAGCAUGGUUCCUCCAAAUACGACUAUGUCAAGGUUAAGGUGUGGCUGGGUGAUCAUGCCGAGCACUACUACGUGUUUUCCAGGUUUUUACUCAGCCAAAAUUUAACUGUCACCAAGAUUCCAAAUCAUAUAUCUAUCAAAAUCGCUCUUGAUCUCAAGAAGCUACUCGUAGACAACAGCCUUCUAGAUGUCUCGCAGUCUGAUUUGGAAGAGAAUCUGUUUAAGAUUAUGGAGCAAAGGGGUUUUGGGGAAGAUUACGUAAAGCGUUACCGGAUGAUGACCAGAUUUCACCAUCAACGAGUGCCAUUAGUUAUUAUUGUGUGUGGAACUUCCUGUGUUGGAAAGUCCACUAUUGCUGCCCAAAUUUCACAAAGGUUCAAUUUGCCUAAUGUCAUGCAGACAGAUGUGGUGUACGAAUUGCUGCGCACAUCGACAGAUGCACCACUGGCCUCCACUCCGAUAUGGGCACGAGACUUCAGCUCCUCUGAAGAGUUGAUUACUGAAUUUUGUAGAGAAUGCCGGGUUGUUCGAAAAGGUUUGGCUGGUGAUUUGAAGAAAGCACUGAAAGAUGGAAAGCCAAUAAUAAUAGAGGGGAUACAUUUGGAUCCAAACAUUUUUUUAAUGUAUGAAGAAAAGAGCCACUCACCGGAUCUGAACUCUAGUACCGAUCAGCAUGUCAGCUCAGAAAAAGGGAAGGGUGUUUCUGAGAAUAAAGGUGAAAAUGUUAAGGGUCCUGACCCAAUAAUUAUACCUCUGAUUUUGAAUAUGGCUCAAUUUGAGCACCAGGCAUUGCUAGAGGAGUGGUUCUCUUCUUGCACAUGUAGUGAUAAAUGGCAAGUCCAGGAUAGAGAUAAGCUGACAAGCAAUGUGAAGAUGAUUCAGGACUAUCUUCACUCAUUUGAUUCAAAGGGACUGACAGUUCUCAACCUAUCAGCAGCCACAUUUGCUCAAACACUAGAUUGGCUGCACGGAUAUAUUCUUGAGCGUAUUGAGCAGGGCAUGCGAUCAGCGUCCAACGAAAAUGGCUGGUUUCUCUAAAAUUAGACUUUGCAUUCGGGUGUUAGCUACAUCAAGGCAGGUCUGAAAUGCUGCGAACAAGAACUCGAGAUACAUCCGGUAAGGUUUCUGAAAGCUGUGAACAAGAUCAAUGAAGAUCAUUGCAAGUUCAGAAAACAAAUGGAGAGUAUAAUACUAGCAAGAACCUUGUGCAUGCUAGCCUCUUGUAAUGCCAGUAUGCAACGAGCCCUUUUUGAAACUUCAUCUCUUCGUUUCGAUUGGAGAAAUUGAAAUGCAAAUUAAGAUGAA